UGUAGGAAGAGAGCAACGAGAAAUUGCAGAAAGAGAAGAGUACUGGAAGAAAGAGAAGCUGCAGAAGGGUGCAUAGAGAGGUGAGGGAGAGAAGCAGUAAGAAGGGAAAAAAAAAAAAGGAAAAAAAAGGAAGAAGAAAAAGCAGGGGAUGAGUUCGGAGGCCCUAGAUUCUUAUGGCCCUUACGUUGCACAAGUGAUGGUUCAAAUCGUGUACGCUCUGAUGAACAUCAUCAUCAAGGUGGCCCUCGACGACGGGCUCAACCACUACGUGUUCGUCACCUACAGGCAGCUCGUCGCCACUCUCGCCAUCUCUCCCGUUGCUUAUUUUGUAGAGAGGAAAGACAGGCCCCCGUUGACAUUCAAAGCCACCAUCCACAUCUUCCUUCUGGGACUCGUCGGAAUAACAAUCAAUCAAAAUCUUUACUUCGCCGGCCUGAAUUAUACGUCGUCGACUUUCGCAUCGGCGACUACCAACAUGAUCCCCGUCGCCACUUUCAUUUUGGCUUUCUUUCUCAGAAUGGAGGACGUAAACAUAAAGAAGAUCAGAGGUCUGGCGAAGGUGGUGGGGACAGCAAUCUGUGUAGGUGGAGCCUUGAUUAUGACACUCUACAAUGGAACGCAGCUUCUGCGGUCGAGCUUUUGGCUUCAACAAUGGCAGCUUCUUGGUAGCACGUGGGCUCUAGGUGCAAUACUCCUUUUUGCCAGUGCCUUCGCUUGGUCGGUUUGGCUCACCUAUCAGGCAUGGGUGAUUCCCUGUUAUCCGGCUCAGCUAUCACUGACUGCGAUCAUGUGCUUCGUGGCCACCUUCCAGUCUGCAGCGGUAGCUCUUAUUCUAAACCACGACGCCUCCGAAUGGAAGAUCGGGUGGAAUAUUCAGCUCCUCUCUUAUGUAUAUACGGGUUUGACAUGCUCCGCAUUUGCGUUCUUCAUCCAGAGUUGGUGCAUAAAGAGGAAGGGUCCUGUCUUCUCCUCCGCCUUCAACCCUUUGGCUACUGUCAUUGUCGCCAUCUUGCAGACAGUCUGCCUCCAUGAGUCUCUUCAUCUGGGAAGUGUGGUGGGAGGGGUUUUGGUGAUCAUGGGCCUCUACUUUGUGCUGUGGGGCAAGGCAGAGGACAAGAAAGAUCAGCUGAUUGGCUCGAGGAGAUCGAGUGGCCUGGAGCAGGUAGAAGACGUGGUUGUCACAGUCAGGGAGCCCUUGAUCAAUGAGCACCACUCCUGAGCUGCCCCUCUUCUUCAAAACACAAUUAAGAGAGAAGAACAAACCAAACGGCGAUAUUAUUAUUGUUGUUGUUGUUGUUACUAUUAUUAUUAUCUUUACCUCUGUGAAGAGCAGGCAAUAGGGGCCACCUUGCAACACUCAUCACAUCUCAUCGGUUUCUUGUCAAGUCUGCAUUUUCUUGUGCCACAGCCAUCUCACUGAUCAGAAACUCUACUAAAUCUCUUGCCAUAAUAUGAAAUACUUGUAUUCUUUAAGUUGUUACUUCAUAUCUGUAUAAUUUUGAAAUUUUGUUAACAAAAUAAGUUCAAUGAAAGUAGCUUUUCUUGGUGGUGAA